AGGUCUACUUAAGCAAGCACUGAGGCGUUUAAGGUACCAGUCAUCCUGUGAACACCAUCGAGUGAUAAUCUACUCUGCUGCUUGUCCUGCCACUUUCUUAAGCUUUUGUACAAUACAAUGGCCUCUCAGGGAAUCACAUUCACUGCCCUCCUCCUCGCCCUGGCCGCCCUCACGCACGCAGCCGACACCACCCACAAAGACGACGCACGACUUUUCUACGACGACAAAGACACCUCCGUCACCAUCGGCGGCGAGUCCCUCUUCUACAUCGGGGUCAUCUUCGUCGGCCUGCUCUUGCUCGCGUCUGUCCUGGGCCUCUUCGGGACAUCGGCCAAGGUUGCUCAGCCCUACGACUACGCCUCCGCUACCGGUUACGGUGCCCCUGCCCCAGCCUACGAUGAGAAGACCACCUUUUCCGUCCAACAAUUCAUUGACGAUGCUGUCAACAAGUUCCAGUAGAGACCGCGAGCGUAAAUGUUCGAGAUUGGAAUAUUAACGGAAUGAAGACCCAGAUCUAAUGAUUAUUUAUUUUUACAAAAACUUCAAUUUCUGUGAUUUUUUCUCCUGGUUGUCACAGAAAAGAGUGGAACCCGUGAUUGAUCUGUUGAUCUCUUGUUUUCUAUAUUCUAUCUAAAUUAUGCUGUAAAUAAAUUGUUUUGUUUA